AUGCACAGAAAUGAACAGAUAACCUCAAGAUAUAAAGAGAAGAUCUUAAGUAGUUAUCUAAAAGAAACAAUGAUAGCAGAAGAAAAAAUAAAAUCUGAUGAAUUACUCAUGGGUUCAAUAAUAUUGCCAAAACAAGCACUCUUCAGAAAUAUCUCCAAUAAAUUAUUUACGAGAAUUUGCUUAACGAACGAAAGAAUAGAUUAUUGCAAGGAUCUUCUUUUACUAAUUGGCUUGAUUAAUUCAAUCACCAUAAGAAAUCAUGAGAAAUGCUCUCAAAGUUUAUAUCAGCCAAUAGCUGAGCCAGAUAAUCAGCUUCUUUGAAAACUGGCAAAAAGUAAAACUUUGGGCAAGAGUGUGAUGAUUUCUAAGAAAGAUAUCGAGCUUUCAAAAAUAAAGAGGCUGAUACGUGAAAUUAAUUCUUGCAAUGAUGCUGCUUUUAUUGAAGUAAGCAUUCUCAAUAAAACUUCCUUCAUCUGUCAAAGCGACUUAUUGGCUCUUAUUCCAGAUUAUUUAACUCCUGAGCUGCAAGAACUUCUAUAUAAAAUAAUUUUGCUUUCAAAAGAAUCAGGUACAGUUUCGCUUGCCGCAAGUAAUGCAGCAACAAUCUUGAAUCGCUCAAGUUUUACUUGAAAGAAUUUGGAUUUGUCAGGUAUAAAAAUUCCUUUUGCUGACCUUUCAAGAGGGCUUUUCAUCAAUGUCAAUUUUGAAAAUAGCGACUUGCAAGGAGUAAAUUUCCAGCAAUCCUCAAUUGAAUUUGCAAAUUUUAAUGGCUGCAAUCUAUCUGAUAUUUCUUUUGAUGAAAUUUUACACAUAAAAGCUGCUAUGUUUGGGAUAAUCAGUUAUCUUAGUUUUUCAGCUUGUGGGAAAUAUCUUGGAUUUAUGGACUCGAAAUUUAAUAUUUGGAGUGUUGAUGAUCAAAAGGAGGUAAAUAAAUUCGGAAAAAUUUUGAAACAAGUAUUAUCGUUUUCUUUUUCAAAUGUUGGAAGUUAUAUUGCGAUGUGUAUUAAAAGCCAUAUUCAAAUAAGAGAUAUAGAAUCUGAAAAAAUUAUAUAUGCUUUUUGGACUGAAUCUGUCAUUGAUUGUAGAAGUAAUAGGAGUUUGACAUCUCAGCUACUUUAUAGUGCAUUAAUUUAGAUUAUAAGAGAGAAGCUCAAAGUGCAUUCUCCACAUUGUUUCGCUUGACUGCCAGUCGUCUGCUUAUUAUAUACCGCUCCUGCGGGACGAGGGCUUGCACACUAACUUGAAGGGUAGUGGUCUAGGUCACUGUGCUGCGUGUCAGCAGAGUUGCCUUUCUAGAAAAUUCAAAAAUGGAUUUUUUGUUGGGCUAUCAACCAAGAUGGAUUUCGUAACUAAUGAUCCAGCGACUGGUAUCGCUCCUGGAAUGUACCUGAUCGGCACUUUGGACGCCAGAUCAUGUGGUGUAGUGAUCGCCUUCUCUUGCUGAAAAUUCUUUUUCAACUCCGAAAACCAUCUUCCUCUGAGAUAAAAACCUUGACUUGAUAUAAACUGCGGUCACCAGGCUAAGUAAAGCCAGCUGGAUACAAAUUUCCAAAGGCUAGAUUUUCUUCCACAAGAUUCCUUUGCUUCCUAGCUGCAGAUGCAAGUUGGCUCAGUACUGCAUUUUAAUAUAUAUGGCAUCUCAACUCUCAUAAGUAUACACAAACUCAAGGGGAAAUUUGAUUUUGUUUUAUUCUCUCCAAGCAAUGCUUAUCUUUUUGCAAUGUCAAAAAAUACUGCUUAUUUUUGGAACCCAGAAACUUUUGAAUUGCUUUCAAAGCUUGAUAAUUGAGCUGUGCAGAGAGAAUUUAUAAGAUUUUCCAGAAACUCUAAAUAUAUUGCAGGAUAUUAUGGUUGGGUAAUCACGAUUUGAGAAGUUGCCACAAAAAGAAAAAUUGAUCUCGCAUGGCCAUUUAACAAUUAUCUGGGCUUAUCUUUUUUUCCAAACGAAAGGUAUCUCUCUAUUACGAGUGACAAUCGUGCUGAGCUUUGAGAUUUCAACCAUCAAGGAAGACUCAUGAAACUUAAUAUUUGCUCGGACAUUAAACAGAUUAAUUUUUCACCAUGUGGAAAGUUUGCCCUGCUGUUGUGUCUCAGUCAGAAAUUGAAGAUCUGAGAUAUUGAAUCAAAUGAACAGAUUGAACUUUUUGAAAAAUGCAUGAGUAAACACGAGCUGAUAGCAAUUUCUCAAUGUGGAAAAUGAAUAGCACUCAGCAGAUUCGAUAGCUUAAUUAAAGUUGUAAAAGUGCCAGACAAAAGCCGUAUUAGACCCAGUAAUUUCACUUUCUCUCUUAUUUAAAUUGGAACAAGAAAUAGGUAAAAUUUCCAUUUUUUGGGUGCUUUAAUCCUAUGAAAAUGUAAUUUUUAUAAUUCGUUUUAACCUAAUUUAAUAGAAAAAAAUGCAGGUAGAAUGCUAUUUAAACAGUUUUCAAGCUGAGUGGUUAAUUUUUUAAAAAUUCUAAUCAAUUAUUUUUAUAGAGAAAAAUUUUUAAAAAAAAAAAUAUUAACCUCCGAACGAAAUUUUUAAAGGAAAGGAGUUAGGGGUCUCCUGUGUUUCUUUGUCUGGAUCAGGUCGAUAUUUAGCUACAGGUCAUUUUAACUAUAAAAUCAAGGUUUGAGAUAUGAAAAACUUUGCACUUAUUGGAUCCUUUGGAGAGCUGGAAGAUAGCAGCCAAACCAAUGUUUUAUCAAUUACCUUUUCACCAUCUGAAAAAUAUCUUGCAUUUGAAAUGUCACGAAAAAUAUAUAUUUACGACAUUUUUACAAAGCAGAAGCUCGACAUUGUUAAUCCAACAAUCUACCUGCAAGUUUUGUCAAUGGCAAUCUCUUACUGUGGUAAAUACAUAGCAUAUGCAGAAAGCAGUGGAUUCUGCUGGAUAUAUGAUUUCGUUAAUUCUGAUAUCUUUAGAACAUUUGAGACUGGCCAAUGCAUGCGAAGUAAAGUGCUCUUUUCUCCAUGUCAAAGAUACUUGGCAUAUAGUUAUAAAAACUCUGUCCGCUUAUGAAGCUUUGAAAACCAAAUAUUUACUUCUUUCGAAGCCUUUGAUGCUGCAUUUGACUUUUCUCCUUGCAAACAAUUUUUAGCGAUCUUGAGUACUGGGUACUCAAUUCAAAUAUGAGAAUUAAAUAAUUUCGAGAAAACAAGUGAAAUAAAGCUGCACGAUAUUGAUAGUUAUAUUUUUAGCUUCACAUAUUCUCCAUCUGGCAAAUAUAUGAUAUGCUAUCACAAAUACUCCAGAACAGAAGAAAAAAUAAUUUUGAGUAUUUGAAAUUCCCAAACUAAGAAGCAAAUUACUCAUUUUGAUUCACAUAGCAAAUUUUAUGGUAAGGCCUUAAAUAUGUAUGAUGUUUAUUCUGAUAAUAAUUACUUACUCCCCCCUCCGUGAGUGAACACAACUAUUAAAAAAAAUCGCUAUUUUUUGCCCAAAAAUCCACCCUCCGUGAGCGAACAAAAAUUUUUUUAUGGAAAAAAAAUUGAUAAAUAAAUGAUAAUUAUUAUAACAAAAUCUAGAGCUAAUUCAGUUUGAUUUUAAACGAAUUGCUUUUUAAAACAUAAAUUUCAUAAAUUAAAUUAAUAUUUGCUUUCCAAUUUUUGUGAAUUAGGAUUUUUUUAAAUUUCGAAAAAAAAAUUUUUUAUAAAAUUUAUAUAUAAGUUUUUUAAAAAAAAAGAAAUAAACCCCCUCCGUGAGUGAACAAAAUUUUUUGUUCCCUCACGGAGGGGGGGAGUUAGCAUGCGCUGGCAGUUAUUUUGUUUGUGCAGGAAAUGACGGAGCAAUAAAAAUAUGAAACCUCGAUACCAUUACCAGGGGUUUGCCUCUGGAAUUGUCUCUAGAGCAUAUUUUAAACUUUGGAAAUAUGCAUGUCUUUAACUGCAGUUUUCUUGAUGCUAUUAUAUCAGAGAAAGCCUUAAAAUCUAUUUUAGGAUUGCCAUAUCACUAUUUUAUAGACAGAAUAAAAUAG